AUGAACCACCAGCCCCCAGAUCCUGCGCGCCGUGCCUCACAAGGUAGCGGCGGCAGUCCAGUGUACUCCGGUGACUGGAAACAUGAUUCGCAACGCCUGUGGUCGCCGUUGGUCGCGACCCUCCCCUUCGAGACCUCAAUGCUAACAGCCUUCGUGGGACGAGUAGGACAAGAACAAUCGGCACCGCCCGCCUUUGGCAAUCGUCAAAUGCCGCCCCCGUCGCCGCCACACGCGUACGCCUCGCGAUCGCAAUCAGCCAACGCGCCCGCUUCAUCCCUACUAUCCCGCGAGCCCCCUGGCGGCCAUGCCCAUCGUCCCGGCAGCAGCAUGUCCAUCUCGUCGAUGCUAGGAUCGGAUGCAGAGCGUCCGGCGCGAGAGUCGGGCUCCGUCUUUUCGCGCCCGUCCCCCAUGUUCGGGAAUGCGCCAACCUCAACCGCGGCCGCCAUGUCACCACCCUCCGCACCGGCGCGUCAAUCCCCCCUCGAUCAAUCCCUUUUCCGUCGGUCACAUACUCCCGAAAAGUCAUUUUCCAAACCUCCGCUGGGUCGUCCCUAUCGAUCGGGAUCGGGCGGAGGAUCCAGUCUACUUGGCGGUGAACCGGCCAAAUAUGGCGGUAUGUCACGGACACCACUUUCGCAGUAUCCCGAAAAGCCCCAUUCAACACACCCAUCACCGAAAGUGUCCCCGGUCGAAUCGCCCUACAACGAACCUCGUCGGAUGAGUUUCAGUGGCCCAAUCUCGCGGCCCAACAGCCAACCGCCAAACGCAGAGAUGGGCACCCGCCCCCCUGGUUAUAGCCCGCUUUCGCGUCCGGGUGGAGGGCUCGCAGAUCGACUUGAGGCUGGACAACGGCCAUCCUCUACCUCCUAUGCAGGUCUCGAUCCGCACGCUCGAGAACACAGUCGUUUUGGCAGUUUGUUUGGGGAUCGUCGCUCGGAAGAAACCGCGCCUCGGGACCGGGAACGAUUGGGACUUGGACAGGACGCGAAGGGGUCAUCACUGGGUGGACCAGCCCGAUAUGGUUCUAUUUAUGGCGAGCGAGAACCGCUAGACCGCCAUUCGAACGCAUCGACUUGGGAUCAGGGCCGCUCCCACCCGUCGUCCCCAGAGACAAAACGUUUCCCUGCGCCUGAAUCUGGUUCGGGCUUUGGUUUUGGCGCCAUUCAGAGCUAUACCAAGUCACUAGGGUCCCAGCCAGGAGGAGGUCGACAGCCUCCUCUGUCUCUACAGACCGGACAAGGUCAACACACGCCUUCGCCUCGAGAAUCGCCCUAUCUCGGCAACAAGCAGACGCAACCGCCCCGAUUGGGAUCUACGCCAGCCACCGCCUCCUCAACAGGCCCGAACUCGCUCGGAUUGGCAUCUGCCAGUGACGAUGGCCGACGCAAAGGAAGCGAUGAGCUGUUGGCUCACCGUACUCUUCUUGCUGUCGGUGCAGAUGGCAAGCGUGGUGGCCGGGCGUCUCCGCUUCCCCAGGCUGUUCAAGGUGCCCAGGCCCCGUUUAUUGGUGCUACCGGUGAACCCAGCAUCAAGAAUGAGUUGGGUAGAGUAUUUUCGGGAAUUGGGAGUGGCGUCGGAGGUGUGACGGCAGGAGUUUCCGGUAGUGGACCGCCCACACCACUCAUUGCGAGCCCUUUCAAACGGGAUAGCUUCACGGCCCGCUCGGCAAACGGCGAAGUCGACGAAGCCAGGAUUCCGCGACCUCCAUCGGCUUCCGGCACCCGACGCCCACACAAAUCACGGGACGAGGAGAUGGAUUUGGAAGGUGGUGCAGGGCUAUCGGCUCGAGGCCGUCGAGCUCGACAUGCACAUGGUCACCAUCAUCAUCACCAUCUCCACCAUCAUCAUCACCGUCACAAAGCCGAAGAAGAGGCCGCUGCGUUGACAGAACUACACCGGCCACUGUCAUCUGCGAACCACUUUAACCGCACCUCUACUCCGGGCGAGUCCUCUGGACAUCACCACCACCAUCAUCAUCACCACCAUCAUCAUGCUCGGCCCGCCGCCGCAUCGCCAUUGCGUGAACCUCGUAUUACUGUCAACCUAGAGCCGCUUCUGUCUAGCGUGUCCCACUUGCCACGGCAUCAUCUAGGUUCCACUCUAUACACGCCUCGCAUCGGAGUUCCUAGUGCGCGGGCGUCGGGUGAGAGCUCCAAGUUUGGGUAUACCACCACCCCACAGCCCCUUCCGCGAUUUGAGCAGCGCGAAAACUGCACCUUUACAGUUCGUGUGCCGCGAUUCAGGAUCGACACAAGCCACCGCGAGGAAAUCUGUGCGCGCCGCGCGCUGUGGGGUACUGGUGUGUACACGGACGAUUCGGAUCCCGUCGCGGCUGCCAUCCACUCGGGUUACAUCCGGGGCGCUUGGGGCGAGGAUGUCGACGAGUCAAUGCUUGAUCUUGAAAUCAAAGACACCUACCAGCAUGCUCCACCGAGAGAAGACAAUCAGGCCAAGACCAAUGGUAGCUCCAAGGACGAUACUGCGACCAACGGUCCUCGUCUGCCCCCUGUGCCUCCUGUCAACAAGGAUCUUCACAUCACCCUGCUGGUGCUUCCCCGCCUCGAAAGCUACGAUUCUACGGUCAUGUUUGGCAUCAAGUCUCGCAAGUGGAACGGUCGGCAUGACGGGAUGAGUUUCAAGAUCCACCAGGUCGAAUGGGUGGAUGAAGGUGUUGCACGCGGCGAGGAGCGCAGCGGCGAAGCCCGACGCAAGCGCCUGCGCACUCUGAUGCAGACCGGUCGCAUCUGUACCGGGCCGGCGAUGGCGAAGAUGGAUGAGCUGCGUCGAAGCGGGGUGCAAGUUCCCCGGACUAUCGACGGCCAGGACCAGCCAACCCCUGUGCAGCCGGUAUCGUAA